AUGGCGACAUCUCAGUCAGACUCUCAAUCCCAGGUCUCACCUGAUCCAGUCACAGCCGGGCUACUGAACCAGUUGCGUGAAGAUCUCGGCAGACAAAGCGAAAAGAUCAUCUUCACCUGUGGCGGCACAAUCCCUAUUUUCGAGCCUGGUCAAGACUUUGCAACGGACAACACAAAGAUCUCCUCAGUUUCCGAGCCUGUCACUAUCCGCUGGGACCCAGCUUCGCCGGAAACACCAGCAUCGCAGGCGAAACUCAUCCUGCCCCUGGCGGGUGACAGUCAGGGGAAUCUCGUGAAGCUGAUCAGUGACUUGGAGCCCGCCAGCUUCGGCUACCAUGGCAAGGAUGUUUUCGAUGAGACGUAUAGAAAAGCUUUCAAGAUGGACACCGAUAAGUUCGCUAGUACAUUCAAUCCGUACGAAUGCGGCAUCAUCGAUAGCAUUGCACAAGUGCUUCUGCCAAGCACUCCAGAAUCCGACCUCCGAAGGGGUGUGAGGGCGGAGUUGUACAAGUUGAACGUAUAUUCCAGCCCAUCCGGCAAGUUCAAACCACAUAUAGACACUCCUCGGGGCAGCACCCAGUUUGGCUCCCUAGUCGUCUGCCUGCCACUUGAACACGAGGGCGGCCAGCUCCAGGUCCGACACAAGGGCAAGGAGGUGACCUAUGAUUGGGGCAGCCACAAGAAUCAGAUAUCGUGGGCCGCUUUCUACAGUGACUGCGAACACGAGGUGCUCGAGGUCAAAUCGGGCUACCGUCUGACAUUGACUUACAACCUGUACGCUGUUCGUGGAGGCGGCAUGCUUACCGGAAUUGAGCCGCCUGUGCUUGAUGCAACACAGCUACCAAUCUACCUGUCUUUGAAGAACAUUGUGGAUAACAAAGCGUUCAUGCCGGAAGGCGGCUACCUCGGCUUCUAUUGCAGCCACGCAUACGCACACACCAACACUGACGCGAUUAUUCUUCCUGACAUGCUGAAGGGCCUCGACAUGGUCAUAUGGGAGACAUUCGGCCGCCUCGGACUCGAGGCGAGUGUCAAGCCCGUGCUCAAUGUCGAGGACUUUUACCAGUAUGAGGACGAGCCCAGGGACCCUAUGAUCGUCGGUAACGAUCGAGCACUUCAAAUGAGCAAUAUGAUGCGCAUAGAAGACUAUGACCAGAUGGACGAACAAAUCGAGCAGUGGCGCGGGGGUGAGACUGUCAACUUCAAGGAGAUACACUGGCUCACAAAGCCCAAUCACAAGGAACUACAACUGGCUUAUAUUGCUUACGGCAACGAGGAGAGCCUAGAGUCUUUCUAUUCCUACUGUGCGAUCAUUGCUAGGGUUCAGCCUAGUGGUGCUCGCUCGAAUUGA